AUGACUUCGGCACAUGCAGCACAUGCAGCUGCUUACGCAGCCAUCGGACUUUCCUCGAUAUGUGUCCUUGUUACCGUAUUCUAUAUGCCAAUGUUCCUCUCGAAAGUGCAAUCCAUCCAGGACCGUCUGUCAAGGAACAUGGAUGAGUUUAAUGUAAUGCAGACGGAGAUCUGGAGUGACCUGCAGCAUGCAAAGAACGAGUCUCCAGUUCGUAAGGUCACCAAACGUCAAGUGGAAGGCGAAUGCGACUGCAGCACAGAGAACACUUGCCCGCCAGGUGAGAAAGGUCGUCCAGGCUUUGAUGGGAUGGACGGCGUUCCCGGCCAACCAGGAACGCCAGGAGAGCCUGGACUUCCAGGAAUCGUGCCUCAAGUACAAGUGAGCGCAAGCGGUUGUCGUGUUUGCCCACCAGGACCGAAGGGACCCCUCGGAUAUCCUGGACAACCUGGACCACAAGGGUUGCCAGGACAGGAAGGACCACCAGGAGAUAGUGGUCGACCAGGAAGCGAUGGCGUCCCUGGACCACCUGGACCAAUGGGUCCGAUUGGUGGGCCAGGCAAGGAUGGCGAAGAAGGUCCUCCAGGAGCCGAAGGUAUUCGAGGUGAAAAAGGUCCUAUCGGCCCACCGGGACUCAAGGGUCUUGUUGGUCCAAGGGGUUACCCAGGUAGCUCUGGGCCACCUGGACAACCUGGAAACAUUGGCAUAAUGGGAGAGCCUGGACCAGAAGGAAAGCCAGGUAUGCCUGGAUUCGUUGGAGGUAUCGGUAAUUACGGGGAGCCUGGACAUCCAGGCGAUGAUGCCGGCUACUGUCUUUGUCCAGCCAGAGCGACAAACAAGAAGACCACUACUUAG